AGAAGAACGAGCUUGGGAGAGAGGGAGAUAAACAGUUCUUGAUCUCUCCCUCGCGACUUCGUGAGGUUCUAUUUCUAGGGUUUUCUGCAUGUUUACUACCUUGUUUCUUGGUGUUGUUGGCUCUUGAUUCCAAGAUCCGACUGCUUUCACUGUCUUGGCUCGAGAUCCGGGCCAAGUACAGAAGUACUUAGUGGAGCAAGAUCUCUGCAAUUUCAAUCACAGAUUAACGAUCGGAGUAGUUGGUUUUCUCCAGUUGAAGUGCCGCGGAAUGGCUUCGAACGAGGGGUUUCUGACCGAGGAGCAGAGGGAAAGUUUGAAGAAUGCAGAGUCUCUAUCUUCUUCGCCAAAAUCCCCCAGUUCCCUGCUUAAUGAGCACCAUAUUAAAGUUUCUACUGUGGGGAAGGUCCCCCCCACUUUUGGGUUUGGGGGGAGGCAUAUCCGUCGGUCACACUCUGGGAAGCUCGUUCGUGUGAAGAAGGAUGGUGCUGGUGGGAAAGGAACAUGGGGUAAACUACUUGAUACCGAUGGUGGUUCCUGUGUAGAUCGGAAGGAUCCUAACUAUGACAGUGGAGAGUCUCUUUUGCCUAAUCUCCACCAGGAACCAUAUCAGCUUGUAGGUUCUACUAUCUCUGAUCCCCUUGAUGAAUACAAGAAAGCAGUGGUUACUAUCAUAGAGGAAUAUUUCAGCACAGGAGAUGUGGAAUUAGCAGCAUCUGAGCUCAGAGAACUAGGCUCAAGUGAAUAUCAUCCCUAUUUUGUUAAGAGACUCAUUUCGAUGGCCAUGGAUAGGCAUGAUAAGGAGAAGGAGAUGGCUUCAGUUUUACUCUCAGCUCUCUAUGCUGAUGUAAUCAGCUCAGCCGAGAUCAGCCAAGGAUUUCUCUUGCUUCUGGAGUCUGCUGAUGAUUUGGCACUUGACAUACUUGAUGCUGUCGAUGUUUUGGCUCUGUUCCUUGCACGUGCUGUAGUUGAUGACAUACUUCCUCCAGCUUUCAUUACCAGGGCAAAGAAAACACUUCCAGAGUCUUCUAAAGGACAUCAGAUUUUACUAACUGCUGAGAAGAGCUAUCUUUCAGCUCCCCAUCAUGCUGAACUUGUGGAGCGGCGAUGGGGUGGCAGCACGCACAUCACUGUUGAGGAAGUUAAGAAAAAGAUUUCAGAUUUGUUGAGGGAAUACAUUGAGAAUGGAGAUACAGUGGAGGCAUGUAGAUGUACAAGGGAAUUAGGGGUCUCAUUCUUUCAUCAUGAGGUAGUAAAGAGGGCUCUAAUCCUUGCCAUGGAGAUCCGAACAGCCGAACCACUCAUAUUUAAGCUGUUGAAAGAAGCGGCUGAAGAAGGCCUUAUAAGUUCUAGCCAAAUGACAAAGGGAUUUGGUCGGCUUGCCGAGAGCCUGGAUGACCUCUCUCUUGAUAUUCCUUCUGCAAAAACAUUGUUCCAGUCACUAGUCCCAAAAGCCAUCUCUGAGGGUUGGUUGGAUGCUUCAUUUUGCAAACCAUCAGCUGAUAAUGGGGAGUUGGGAGAAAAUGAUGAUGAAAGAAUUAUUCGAUUCAAGGAAGAGGCAGUGACAAUCAUCCAUGAAUAUUUUCUUUCUGAUGAUAUACCAGAACUUAUCAGAAGCCUUGAAGAUCUCUCAGCUCCUGUGUUCAACCCAGUUUUCCUCAAGAAGCUGAUUACCCUUGCCAUGGACAGGAAGAACAGAGAGAAGGAAAUGGCAUCUGUUCUGCUAUCAGCACUUCAUUCUGAGAUCUUCUCUACUCAAGACAUAGUUAAUGGGUUUGUCAUGCUUCUGGAAACUGCAGAGGAUACUGCGUUGGACAUAUUAGAUGCCUCAAAUGAGCUUGCAUACUUCCUGGCUAGGGCAGUUGUUGAUGAUGUCCUUGCUCCACUGAACUUGGAUGAGAUAAGCAGUAAGCUGCCACAGAAUUGCAGUGGGAGUGAGACUGUCCACAUGGCCCGUUCGCUUCUUGGUGCUCGUCAUGCAGGUGAGAGGAUCCUGAGGUGCUGGGGAGGUGGCACUGGUUGGGCUGUGGAGGAUGCCAAGGACAAGAUUACAAAGCUCCUGGAGGAGUAUGAAAGUGGGGGUGUUGUGGCCGAAGCUUGCCAGUGCAUCAGGGACCUUGGAAUGCCAUUCUUUAAUCAUGAGGUGGUGAAGAAGGCAUUGGUUAUGGCUAUGGAAAAGAAAAAUGAUAGGAUGUUGGAUUUGCUGCAGGAGUGCUUCGGAGAAGGGCUGAUCACCAUCAACCAGAUGACCAAAGGCUUUGCCAGGAUUAGGGAUGGGCUUGAUGAUCUCGCUCUUGACAUUCCAAAUGCAGAGGAGAAGUUCAAGUUCUAUAUGGAGCAUGCGAAGAGUAAUGGGUGGCUUCUUCCAUCUUUUGCAUCAUCUGGCCCAGAUGAUGCAACACCAUCCUUGGCUGUCAUUGCUUGAUGGGCCAACUGGUGACCCCUUUGGUUUUACCCCAUAUGUACUGUAUUUCUGUUUGUACUCACAGGUGAAAAAUUGGGGGGAUGUGAACGGUGGGUUUCUUCAGAUAGUGUAUUUUGUGGUUGCCUGAUGGAGAGGUUUUUUGAAUUGUUUGCAGUUCAUGUAUAGAGAAGUUGAUCUUUGAAUUCCA